AUGACGAGAGGUUCGAUGAAACGCAGCGUAUUGUUUGUAGAGACAGACGCCGCUGCCGAGUAUCCGUACGCAAAUAACAAUCUCAUAUCGAUGUACGUGAGGUGUAGUUCGCUGGAACAAGCACGGAAAGUGUUCGACAAAAUGCCUCAGAGAAACAUUGUAACUCUAUUCGGACUUAGUGCUGUAUUUGAGUAUGUUUCCAUGGGAUCAUCACUGCAUUCGCAGAUUAUAAAGCUUGGAUCUUUUCAGAUGAUCUUUUUUAUGCCACUGAACGAAAUAGCUUCUUCCGUUGUAGAACUUACACGGAAAUGCGUCUCGAUCACGGUACUAAAACGGGCGCGUCAGAUCCACGCUCUCGUCCUCACCGCCGGCGCUGGCGCCGCUACCGAGUCUCCGUACGCAAAUAACAAUCUCAUCUCAAUGUAUGUGAGGUGUGGUUCACUGGAACAAGCACGGAAAGUGUUCGACAAAAUGCCUCACAGAAACGUAGUUUCUUAUAAUGCGCUUUAUUCGGCGUAUUCCCGGAACCCAGAUUUUGCAAGUUAUGCGUUUCCUCUAACAACCCAUAUGGCGUUUGAGUACGUGAAGCCCAAUAGUUCAACUUUCACUAGCUUAGUGCAAGUAUGUGCUGUGCUUGAGGAUGUUUUAAUGGGGUCAUCAUUAAACUCGCAGAUUAUAAAGCUUGGUUAUUCAGAUAAUGUAGUUGUCCAGACAUCGGUUUUGGGGAUGUACUCUAGUUGCGGGGACUUAGAAUCUGCGAGGAGAAUAUUUGACUGUGUAAAUAAUAGAGAUGCGGUUGCUUGGAACACAAUGAUAGUUGGGAGUUUGAAAAAUGAUAAGAUAGAAGAUGGGCUUAUGUUCUUUCGAAACAUGUUGAUGUCUGGUGUUGAUCCAACGCAGUUCACGUAUUCGAUUGUGUUGAAUGGUUGUAGUAAAUUGGGAAGCUAUUCACUGGGGAAACUAAUCCAUGCCCGGAUAAUAGUCUCUGAUAGUUUAGCUGAUUUACCUCUAGAUAAUGCUCUUCUUGACAUGUAUUGCAGUUGUGGAGACAUGAGGGAAGCAUUUUAUGUGUUUGGGAGGAUUCAUAACCCAAAUUUGGUUUCAUGGAACUCGAUUAUUUCAGGGUGCUCAGAAAACGGCUUUGGAGAGCAAGCGAUGCUUAUGUAUAGAAGGUUGCUGAGGAUGUCCACACCUCGGCCGGAUGAAUAUACUUUCUCUGCUGCUAUAUCUGCGACAGCGGAACCAGAAAGAUUUGUUCAUGGGAAGCUUCUUCACGGACAAGUAACGAAAUUAGGAUAUGAAAGGAGUGUUUUUGUUGGAACAACACUAUUGUCGAUGUACUUCAAGAACAGGGAAGCUGAAUCUGCACAGAAGGUGUUUGAUGUGAUGAAGGAAAGGGAUGUUGUUCUCUGGACUGAGAUGAUCGUAGGGCAUUCUAGAUUAGGAAACAGCGAAUUAGCGGUCCAAUUCUUCAUUGAAAUGUACAGAGAAAAGAAUAGAAGUGAUGGUUUUUCCCUGAGUAGUGUCAUAGGAGCAUGUUCAGAUAUGGCAAUGCUAAGACAAGGUGAAGUUUUCCAUUGUCUUGCCAUAAGGACGGGAUUCGAUUGUGUUAUGUCAGUAUGUGGAGCGCUAGUAGACAUGUAUGGGAAAAACGGUAAAUACGAAACUGCAGAAACAAUAUUCUCUCUUGCUUCAAAUCCAGAUUUGAAAUGUUGGAAUUCGAUGCUAGGUGCUUAUAGUCAGCAUGGAAUGGUAGAAAAAGCUCUGAGCUUCUUCGAGCAAAUACUAGAAAACGGAUUCAUGCCAGAUGCUGUUACAUACUUGUCUUUAUUAGCAGCCUGUAGCCACAGGGGAUCAACGUUGCAAGGUAAGUUCCUAUGGAACCAAAUGAAGGAACAGGGCAUCAAAGCAGGGUUUAAGCACUACUCUUGCAUGGUGAAUUUAGUAUCAAAAGCUGGGUUAGUAGACGAGGCACUGGAACUGAUAGAACAAUCUCCUCCCGGGAACAACCAAGCAGAGCUCUGGAGAACUCUGCUAAGCGCAUGUGUUAACACAAGAAACUUGCAGAUAGGACUAUAUGCAGCUGAGCAAAUACUGAAACUUGAUCCAGAAGACACUGCAACACACAUUCUACUAUCAAAUUUAUAUGCAGUAAAUGGGAGAUGGGAGGAUGUUGCAGAGAUGAGAAGGAAGAUUAGAGGAUUAGCUUCAUCUAAAGAUCCAGGAUUGAGCUGGAUUGAAGUGAACAACAACAAUACACAAGUUUUCUCCUCAGGAGACCAGUCGAACCCAGAAGUUGUAAGUCAAGCUCAAGAUGAAUUAAAUAGAUUAAAGAGAAAUAUGUUGUGCAAAUCAUCAUUCAAUAAACUUGUCUGUUCAAAUUAA